CCCUUCCCUACAGCUGGCAGUCACAAAACAAUAACAAUGGCGAACGGCAGUGGAUACUACUCCAGGUUCUUCUCGACUUUCUCCAGUUUGCGGAAAAAGACGUUAUGGCGUGACUCUAGUGGAGUACUCCUGGGGCUCAAUCUAAUGAGUGCAUUCCACAACCCUGACGCCAUUGACCAGGACUUCAGGAAGGCCAGUCAGCUACAGGAGCAGGAAACCGGUGCACAUCGACUGAAACUGAUGUUUUCUUACGACGAGUAUGGCAACAUAAGUCCUGAACUGCACACGAUUGUGCAAGGUACCAUGUUUGGAGCCUUCACAGGCUCAAUAAUUGGAGGAACCAUCCACUCUAAAGAAAAUUUUACCAAAUUCAUUGAAAAAAAUCAAGGAACUGCAUUUGCCAAUAUCCUUGAUGCACAAAAACAACUACAAACUAAGGUAACUCUAGGAUUUGCUCGUGGAGCAUGGAUGUGGGGAUGGAGAUUAGGCUUAUUCUGUGGAUCGUUUAUGCUAUUAAGUACAACCAUUUCAGUAUAUAGAGGGAAGCCUUCGGUUUUAGAGUACUUGGCUGCAGGCAGUAUUACAGGAAGUUUAUACAAGUUGAAGCAAGGACCUCGAGCUAUAGUAGCUGGUGGGAUGAUUGGUGGAGCUCUUGGGACCUUAGCAGGAUGUAUAAAUCUUGCCAUCCUGUACAUUACAGGCACAUCAAUGGAAGAGGUGAGAUACUGGCAGUAUGAGUGGAAGAAAGAGUAUCAAGAAAAGACACAUAAAGCAAUUCGCAAGGUACGAAGUGAUGAGCUCGAUGCACUUACCAAAUUUCAUGAAGAAACUGUUUCUACGGAAGGCUUAUUAGAUGCUAUUGAUGGCCAGGAUGCAAAUAUUACCAAAUAGUAACAUAAAAAAAAAAACUAUAAUAUAGAAGACAAUGAUUAAAAUAAUGAGAUUACAAUAUAUUUAUUAUACAAGGACAGUAUAAAAAAAACAAAAUCAGAAUAAAAUAAUGCCUGUCAAGAAAAAUGUUGAGGAAAAAAUACGAAGGUCAAGCCAAACCAUUAGAAGUGAAAUGAAAUUACUUAGUUAAGUUUCCAGGGAAAAGGAGGAGGACAAGCUCUAAUUCUCAAUCCAACAUCUUAUCAUUUGGUUUAUGUUAAAGCUCUGCCAUACCUACUUCUGAGCCCCUGUAUGGAGUCUGCUUCCUUUGUGUCAUUGCUUUGCUCAUUCAACUUUAUCAACCUUACUACAUGACUCACGAAAUCGUAAUGACACGAUUGCAAACAAACCAUACCCCGGCCGGGAUUGAACCCGCGGUCAGAGAGUCUCAAAACUCCAGACUGUCGCGUUAGCCACUAAACCAGCUAGCCACAAUAAGAUUCGUCCAACUAGGUAUAUUUCUACACCAUAGGAAGGUUAGCACAGGCACCACUGUGACCACAAAUGCAAGUUUUUACAGACGAAUCUCCAGCUAGCGUGGCCGUGACGAACUCUAGCUCAAGUCCCCUCACUGCCGUCAACAUGACUCACGAAAUCGUAAUGACACGAUUGCAAACAAACCAUACCCCGGCCGGGAUUGAACCCGCUGGUCUAGUGGCUAACGCAACGGUCUGGAGUUUUGAGACUCUUUGACCACGGGUUCAAUCCCGGCCGGGGUAUGGUUUGUUUGCAAUCGUGUCAUUACGAUUUCAGGAGUCAUGUUGACGGCAGUGAGGGGACUUGAGCUAGAGUUCGUCACGGCCACGCUAGCUGGAGAUUAGUCUGUAAAAACUUGCAUUUGUGGUCACAGUGGUGCCUGUGCUAACCUUCCUAUGGUGUAGAAAUAUACCUAGUUGGACGAAUCUUAUUGUGGCUAGCUGGUCUAGUGGCUAACGCGACGGUCUGGAGUUUUGAGACUCUCUGACCGCGGGUUCAAUCCCGGCCGGGGUAUGGUUUAUCAACCUUAGUUGGAAGAAAUGCUGAUAUCUCUGACUUGUUUGGGUCUCUAAUUUCCAAUAAUGUAAUUUGUUCUUGUUGCAUGUAUGGUAAAAGACUAUCCUGUCUAUGCCCCAUAAUAUUUUGUAUAUCAUAUGUAAGCUAGAUAAACAUUUCCCCAAGAAGACAUUAGAGCUAAUAUUGUUAGUUAAGCUUAUAUUUCAGGCAGUCAUAAGCAAGAAUUAUACUAGCAAUAGAAAAAUAAAAAUAAUAUAUUACA